GCGCGCACAUGUCCACUAACAACGUGAUGCUAAAGAUUGAAGUGUGAAAACUCGAGUAUAAAAACAUCAUUCAUGCGCGAUAAAUAAUGAAGAACCGCAGUGGAUGUAAUAUGGAUCAAAAACUCAAGCAAAGAGUCCAGCAGUAUCUGAAAGAACACAAUGACCCUUAUGUGGAUCUGUCAUCCAUGGCCUUUGAGCUUCAACAGCAGUUCAGGAUGGAGUAUGGCAGGAGGAACCGGACGGCUUUCAGGAUUCAAGUAGAGAAAGUGCAUGCAGCGAUAUCCAGCAAGUGUGACAUCUCUGUCCUGGAAAACAAACAUUUGGUGAAAAGAGCAAGACUCGAUGGGGAUGACAGUCACUUCACAGAAGACACCACCGACAGUGAGGAGGAUAUUUGCGAACAUGAACAGACGAAUCACAUGAACAGCUCGCUGGUGUCGCUCUAUCAGAAAGGGAAUCCAGCGACCCCGCACAAGAGCGACAGCGAUGGCUGGUUCAUUGAUAAGUCUGGAAUCAGAGAGCCGGAGAACAUUUGCAUAGAUCUGCGAGAGGAGGACUCCACCGUCACCACGAAACCAAUGGAAAAGAAAUCAAAGAAAAGAGUGAAGAAGCACAAACAUGGGGAAAGUCAUGAGGAAAACUCUGAAAUGAACGCUGGCACACAGGCGAAAAAGAGCAGAAAGAAGUUUGCUGAACUUCAGUACUCCACAGUGAAGUUUGAGGACUUCGGCGGCAGCGAGCACACUCUAGCGGAGGUGUGUAAACUGCUCAUUCACAUGAGACACCCAGAGGUGUACCAGCAGCUUGGAAUCGUACCUCAGCGUGGGUUCCUCCUACACGGGCCGCCUGGAUGUGGGAAGACGCUGUUAGCUCAGGCUGUGGGGGGGGAGACGGGUCUGCCCAUGCUGAAGGUCUCUGCACCAGAGCUGGUGUCUGGAGUCUCUGGAGAAUCGGAACAGAAACUGCGGGAGCUGUUUGAGCAGGCCAUAAGCAGCGCUCCCUGUAUCCUCUUCAUCGAUGAGAUCGAUGCCAUCACUCCCAAAAGAGAGAUGGCCUCUAAAGACAUGGAGAGACGGAUCGUCGCUCAGUUACUCACCUGCAUGGAUGAUCUGAAUUCGUUACAGGAGAUGGCUCAAGUUUUGGUUAUUGGAGCCACUAACCGGCCGGACUCAUUGGAUCCGGCCCUUCGCAGAGCAGGCAGAUUUGAUCGAGAGAUCUGUCUGGGGAUUCCCGAUGAGAACGCACGACUCAUGAUUCUGAAGACAUUGUGUAGGAAAAUCCAGCUAUCAGAGGAUUUUGACUUCAGGCAGUUGGCGCGUCUGUCGCCGGGUUACGUGGGUGCUGAUUUGAUGGCGCUGUGCCGAGAGGCGGCCAUGUCUGCAGUCAACAGAAUCCUGCUGGAGCAAAACGCCUGUGACAUCGAGCAGCCAGUACAGAAGAGCGAGCUGGAGCAGCUGUUAUCUUUGUUAAAGAACACAGAGUCUCUGACUGAAGAGCAGCUAGCUAGACUUAGUGUCCUCAUGUCAGACUUCAGGGAGGCAUUAACUAGAGUCCAGCCUUCUGCCAAACGUGAAGGCUUCGCCACUGUACCAGACGUCACCUGGGAUGAUGUUGGGGCGCUGCAGGACAUCCGCGAGGAGCUUAAUAUGGCCAUCAUGGCCCCCAUCAAUAAUCCCGAACAAUUCCGAGCUCUGGGUCUCAGCACCCCCGCUGGAGUUCUGCUCGCCGGGCCUCCAGGAUGUGGGAAGACGCUGUUAGCAAAAGCUGUGGCCAAUGAGUCUGGUUUAAACUUCAUCUCUGUCAAGGGUCCAGAGCUGUUAAAUAUGUAUGUUGGUGAGAGCGAGCGGGCUGUUCGUCAGGUCUUCCAGCGGGCUCGUAACUCUGCUCCAUGUGUCAUCUUCUUCGAUGAGAUCGAUGCGCUUUGCCCUCGCCGCUCACAACAUGAGUCAGGGGCCAGCGUUCGAGUGGUGAAUCAGCUGCUCACUGAGAUGGACGGACUGGAGAAUCGCCAGCAGGUUAUCAUCCUGGCUGCCACUAACAGACUAGAUAUAAUUGACCCCGCUGUGCUCAGACCUGGACGCUUGGACAAAACUCUUUAUGUGGGUUUACCACCCGCUACAGACAGACACGCCAUCUUAGUCACUAUUACAAAGGGCGGCACUAAACCCUGUCUGGACUCAGAUGUCCAUCUAGAGGAAAUUGCGCAUGACACGCGAUGUGACAGCUUUACAGGAGCAGAUCUGUCGGCUUUGGUACGAGAAGCAUGUGUUAAUGCUCUAAGAGUUCAUUUAUCCUCACAACCGACUCAAACAGACACAGGCUCACCUGUUAGGGUUAGCAAAGUUCACUUUGAAGACGCUCUCAAGAAAGUGCGACCAUCGGUUUCUAAGAAGGACCAGUUAAUGUAUGAAAAACUAAAAGAGUCCCUCACAAGAUGAAGACUGCUGAUGAAACGGCAUAUCCACUGUAGAUAUCUUUUUUGAAACCUCAUCGUUUUUAUUUUGAAAAGCUCAUCUGUCAGGAGCAUCAUUGAUAACAUUGUGCUGUUUUUCUGCAUUUGCCCUGCACCGGGAACAUGAAACUGGAUUUGUAUAUGCAAUAAAGCAUCUGUAAGAAUUCUGCACUAAA